CAAGCACGGGACAACCAACGCCGCGACGCGCGUCGCCAUGUCGUCCGCCUCGGCCCCCUCUCCCGCCGCCGCCGCCGCCUACGACCGCGUUGCCGAGCUCCGCACGCUGGACGCGACCUUCGCGGGCGUGCGCGGGCUCGUCGCGUCCGGCGCCACGCGCGUCCCGCGCAUCUUCCGCCGCGUCCCGGACCACGAACAGCCGACACGGCAGCCCAGCGCUCCCGGCCAGCGGCCGCCGUGCAUCCCGGCGGUCGACCUCGCCGCGGCGGACCACGAGGCGGUGGUGGCGGCCGUGCGGCGCGCCGCUGAGGAGUGGGGGCUCUUCCUGGUGACGGGCCACGGCGUGCCCGGGGAGGUGGCCGCGGCGGCCCUGGGCGCCGCGCGGGCGUUCCACGACGCCGACGGCGGGGCGGGCAGCGAGAAGGCGCGGCUCUACUCGCGGGACCCGGCCAAGGCGGUCAAGUACAACUGCAACUUCGACCUGUACGAGUCGUCCGUGGCCAACUGGCGCGACACGCUAUACCUCCGCAUCGCGCCCAACCCGCCGACCGACGGCGAGAUGCCGGAGAACUGCCGGGAUGCGUUCUUUGACUACGCUAGACACACCAAGCUCUUGCUGGACACACUGUACGGGUUGCUGUCGGAGGCUCUUGGGCUUGCCCCGACCUACCUAGCUGACAUGGAGUGCAACAAAGGGCAGAUGAUACUGUUCCACUACUAUCCUCCAUGCCCCGAGCCGGAGCUCGCCAUCGGAACGACCCGGCAUUCCGACUCCGGCUUCCUCACCGUCCUCCUUCAGGACGACACCGGCGGCCUGCAGGUCCUCCACGACGAUCAGUGGAUCGACGUCCCGCCAACGCCAGGAGCGUUCAUAGUGAACAUCGGCGAUCUCAUGCAGAUGAUGUCGAACGACAAGUUCAUAAGCGCCGAGCACAGGGUGGUGGCCAAGAAGGCUGGACCAAGGGUCUCGAUCGCGUGCUUCACCAGCCAUUCAGAUUCGACAAGGAUGUAUGGCCCCAUCAAGGAGCUGCUGUCCGAUGGAAACCCCCCAUUGUACAGGGAGACACUCGCGAAAGACUACAUUACUCAUUACUACGCGGUUGGCUUGGGUCGCAAAGCGGCUAUUUACGAUUUCCGGCUCUGAAUUCAGAGAAAGUUUGAGUUGUGUUACUCUAGAACUAUAUAUCCUUAACUUGCAAUGUACGAAUUAAGAAGGCAUUGAUGAUUGUGUGAUGUACUUAUACGCUAAUAAAGUAGGAAGAACAAAGGAAAUAAUGGAGCAA